AUGAAGGCGUUGGUUGCAGAUGAACUUCUAAAGCAUUCAGAUGUUGAUGUGAAAGUUGCAGUUGCCUCGUGCAUCAGUGAAAUAACAAGGAUUACUGCACCAGAUGCUCCAUAUGAUGAUGACCAAAUGAAGGUACCCAGAAUUGUCAGUUUUGAUUCCUUCUCAUACAAUUUCUUGCUUUUCCCAUUUUUUGUGAAUUUCAUUUCUAUGGCUACACAGGAUGUCUUCCAGUUGAUUGUGUCUUCCUUUGAGAAUUUGUCUGACAAGUCCAGCCGAUCAAAUGAUAAGAGGGCCUUGAUUCUUGAGACUCUGGCCAAAGUCAGAUCAUGUGUGGUCAUGUUGGAUCUGGAAUGUGAUGGGCUGAUUGUUGAGAUGUUCCAGCACUUUCUAAAAGCAAUAAGGGAUUAUCAUCCAGAGACUGUUUUUUCGUCCAUGGAGACAAUUAUGACUCUUGUACUGGAAGAAAGUGAAGAUAUUCCAUUUGAGUUGCUCAUGCCAAUUUUAGCUAGUGUAAAAAAGGACAAUGAGGAAGUUCUACCAAUUGCUCGGAAAUUGGGUGAGAGAGUACUUGAAAAUUGUGGGGUUAAGCUUAAAUCUGUCCUGACACAAGCUGUGAGAUCAUUGGGUGCUUCUUUAGAUGAUUACAGUAAAGUUGUUACUUCUCUGUGCGAGGGGACUAUUGGAACUGUUGAGUGUAAUGGUGACAUUUUCAUUGGUGAACAAUUGGACAAUAACUUGGCUAAGGCAUCUUCAGCUGAGGCUGUUCAGGAUGAUGAGAGCAAGUUGGCUACAGCAGCAUCAGACGAGGAAGCUCAGGUAGCAAGAGAAAGGGUGAAAGACGAGGCUUGUCCUGAUGAGGUUGAUCCUUCUGCAGAAAGAUCUCCUAAGCCGAUUAUGAGUAAUGGCAUUGCAGAGACUGCUAAUGACGGAACUUUGAUGGAUCCGGAGUCUUUAAAGAAGCCAGAGGAUGGUCACCUUGCUAAUCCAUCAGUUGAUGUUAGUGAGGUAAGCAGGGCUGAUACUGAUGAUUCAGAGGCUGGGAAGUCUGUCAAAUCAGAGUCUAAGCCAGAACAAACUGUCAAGAGAAGAGGAAAGAAACCUAACUCUUUAAUUAAAUCAACUGAUCCUUUGGAUUCUUCUCAUAUUGAUAGCGAGAAAGAAGCUGAGAUACUGGAAGAUGGUCGCAGCAAGGUUGUUCCUAGUUCGCUUGGUGGGGAUCCAUCUGUUGAGGCAGAUGAACAUCCAAAAAGUGAUAAAGAGUCUGAUGUUCAGCUUACUUCACCAAAAGCCUUAGAGAAUGAGGCUAUGAAUGUUGCUUCCCCAUCCCCAAGUGGGAGCCUUCUUGGUGAGGGUCGGCGGAAGAAACCUGGGCGGCCAAAGAAGGAGAGCUUGAUUCAAGAAGCUGCACCAUCUACUGAUGUUGUUUCGAAGAAGGAAUCUGAAGUAGCUAGUGGUUCAGUAGUAAAACCCAAUAAGCGGUCGGGAAAGAAGGCAACUGCUGUUAACUAUGAGGAUAGGAUUCCAAUGGUGGUAGAGAUAACCCAGAAUGAAGGUGGGACAACUAGUGAUUCAGAGGCAAAACCGCUGGAGCAGUCAGGUAAGAAGGUGGAUGCAAGCAAGGUCAUUGAAAACAAAUCCUCAUCAAAGAAGAAGGAAGAUGGAAAAAGGUGUGGCCGCAGAAAAGAGACUGUGGAGAAGGAUGAAACAAAAUCAUCCCCUAAAGAUGAUGUCAAAGAGAUGAAUUCUUCACCCAAGUCUGCCACAAAGUCAGCCAAACACGAAAGCCACUUUGAAGAAACCCCCAAGACUAAUCCCAAACGAAAGCGUACCCCUGGCAAAGACCAAGCAUCCGAGACUCUGGAAUAUGGUGAGAACCUGGUUGGUUCAAAUGUUAAAGUUUGGUGGCCAAUAGAUCGUAAGUUUUAUAAAGGAAUUAUUGAUUCUUUUGAUUCUGUGAACAAGAAGCAUAAGGUUUUGUAUGCUGAUGGUGAUAAAGAGAUAUUGAAUCUAAGUAAGGAACGGUGGCAGUUUGUCCAAGGUGAUUCUGUAUCAGAUGGGGAGCAUGCAACUGAAGAUCCAAGUCAAGAUGCUUCUUCUGACACGCACAAAAGGAAGAAAGCUAAAAUGCAUUCUGAACCUUCUGCUAAGCUAGAAAAGAUGGAGGUUUCUCCUAAAAGGGUUGGAGCUGCUUCCUCUACCAAAUCCAAAGGCACAUCUGCCAAAUCUGGUCAUAAAUCGAGGGAUGAUGGCAAAAUUGAUAGCAAAUCGAAAGAUGUUGAUGGUGGCACACCCAAUACUACUACCAAGUCCAAGCAAGAUACUCCAAAGACUCUCACCAAGUCCAAGGGAAAAACACCCCAAAGUAGCAACAAAUCCAGUGCUAAUGGUAUGGGGAAGGUGAAACCUAGUUCAUCAAAGAGGAAAGAAACUGAGGUUAUGAAGGCAAAAUCACCUGGUUCGGUGAAAAAACUCCGGAAGUCUGAAGGGUAAAUCACAAGAUACAUCGUGGUUGCGAGAAGUGAAGCAAACAGCGGAAAGAUAAAUCUUUCUUCUGCAGCUUCAUUUGAGCACUGCAAUUUAUUAUGCUCUAUAGCUAGGAGUGUAUGUGUCAUUGUCUUCACCUUUGACAUGAUUUUGGAAUCGUGGGUAGCAUUGCUAAUAUUAGAUGGUGUAGUUUAUACUAGUUGUAGGGGUAAAAUAGUUUCCUUAUGUUCUUGUUCCGUAGUCAGAAUUUAUGUUAUUUAAUUUUAUUUUGAAGGAUGGAGUUGUAUGUGCGAUGAGAUAUUAAUGAAUGGUAGUAAGUUGGCAAAAACCAACAAACCUUGUAUCAAUGCAUCACUCAUCACUCUUUCGUCUAGUAGAACUACUUUGGUCAUCAUCUUCUCCUUAUGUUGUUACGGCUUUGCUAUCUCAAUCAAUGACUU